UCCGACACAUCCCGAGCCCUUCGAUCCUCCGGGAUUAUCCGAGCCUGGCCGAAGCUGUCCGAGCUCUCGGUGCAGGCUUACUGGGUCAUGGAGAAAGAAGGUAAAUAACAGCACACAGCGGCUGGAUCACACGGUCAGCGGCGGUUUGCGGUUAAAGCAGCGGACGGCGAGACCAGACAGCCGGGGAAGAGGCUCUACGGUUCGGCUACAGCAGCAGCAGCUGUCGGCGGUGAGGUGAACAUCCUGCUACCUUCUCAGGUUCUGACUGGGUUUGCCUCGUCCUUGUGUUGCCAUGGCGAUGCGGGAGCUGGUGGAGGCAGAAUGCGGGGGAGCCAAUCCCCUGAUGAAGCUGACUGGUCACAUGACCAAGGAGGGCGGGGCUUGGCGGCACCGAUCCACACCCACAGUUCCUCCGACUCCCAUAGAAAUCGCCACAGAGGAGGAGCUGGUGAAUGAGUUCCUGCAGGCGCCUCCUCGGCCUCCUCACACCUUCGACAUGGGGCAGCUGUUGGAGGAGAUGCAGCAGAUCGACCAGCAGAGCUUCAGACAGGCUCCUCAGAGAGCUCCAGAUGUGGCAGCCUUGGCGCUCUCUGGUGAUUGGGUAGCAGAGUUCCAGUCCAGCUCCGACUCUGCCUCCACGCCGGGCCUCAUCGCUCUGGGUGAUGCGGCAGAUGCCGAUUGGACGAGAGAGUUUAUCGCUGAGGCGGCAGAUCCUGGACGCUGGGCUGAGGAGUAUCUGGAGCAGUCCGAGGAGAAGCUGUGGCUUGGAGACCUGGGAGACAAAGAGAGCGAAUGGACGAAGGAGUAUCAUCCGGGGGAGGAGCUCCGACAGACGGCCAAUGAGCUCGUCUCAAAGGUGGACGAUCCAAAGUUACAGAACACUGAGUUCCUGCGGUUCAUUAGGCAGAUUGGCGAGGGCAGUGUGACAGUGGAGAGCAGGACAGACAGACAGCUCACAGAUAGAGCUCAGGCCCGGGAGGCUCACAACUGGGCCUCCAACCUCAACCAGGUGUCAGAGGACUCGGCUGAAGCCUGGGUGGACGAGUUCACCACAGCAGGACCCGACUUCCAACAGGCCAAAGCUGCAGUGGAGAGCGACGUGGACUUCUGGGAGAAGCUGCAGCAGGAGUGGGAGGAGAUGGCCAAGAGGGACGCAGAGAGUCACCCCUGGCUGUCCGACUUCGAGCAGCUGCUCAGCACCUCGUAUGAUAAGGGCUACCAGUUUGAGGAGGAGAACCCCUACCUGUCCCACCCCGACCCGCUGUCGGAGGGCGUGAAGAGGAUGGAGGCCGGAGACAUCCCCGGAGCCGUUCGCUUCUUCGAAAGUGCCGUUCAGAGAGAACCGGACAACCAGCUGGCGUGGCAGUACCUGGGAACCUGUCAGGCGGAGAACGAGCAGGAGUUUGCAGCCAUCAGCGCCCUCCGCAGGUGUAUAGAUCUGAAGAACGACAACCUGACCGCUCUGAUGGCGCUCGCCGUCAGCUUCACCAACGAAUCACUGCACAGGCAGGCCUGUGAGACGCUCCGCGAUUGGCUGAAGCACAACCCCAAAUAUCGCUCGGUGUGGGAGCAGAACGAGAGAGAACGAAAGGACGGAGGCCGAGAGAAGGAGAAGGAGAAGGAGAGGUUCGGAUCGCUGCUGCCAGAGUCUCUGUUCACGGAUGUCCAGACUCUGUUCCUCCAAGCGGCCAACUCGGACCCGGCCCAGGUGGACCCUCAGCUGCAGUGUGGUCUGGGAGUCCUGUUCAACCUGAGCGGAGAGUACGACAAGGCGGUGGACUGCUUCAGCGCCGCUCUGUCCGUCACCCCGCAGGACUACCUGCUGUGGAACAAGCUGGGAGCCACGCUGGCCAACGGCAGCCGCUCCGAGGAGGCCGUCGCCGCCUACAGGAGAGCUCUGGAACUGCAGCCGGGCUUCGUCCGGAGCCGCUACAACCUGGGAAUCAGCUGUGUGAACCUGGGAGCUCACAGGGAGGCGGUGGAGCACUUCCUGGAGGCCUUGUCUCUGCAGCGGCAGGCGGCCGGAGACGGAGCUCGAGCUGCUCGCGGUCCGGGAGGCGCCGCCGCCACCAUGAUGUCCGACAACAUCUGGUCCACGCUGCGCAUGGCGCUGAGCAUGAUGGGAGAGAGUUCGCUGUACGGCGCCGCCGACCGCAGAGACCUGGACACUCUGCUGGCCCACUUCUGCCAGAGGGAGGUGGAGGGAGGCAGCCAAUGAGGAGCCGCCGGGGGGCCCAUCGAGUGCGAGUGCAGUUUACAUGGAGCUCAGUGUUUGGAUGGAGGGAAGAACCAGGACGGAGGGAGGAGGACGCUGUGAAUCAUCUUCAUCAUCUCCAUGUGUUUCAUUGACUCCUGACCGUAUCAGUGUCCUCCUGGAAGCAGCAGCCACAGCUUCUGUCCUGGUUUCAGCGAAAUUCUCUUUCAGUUACUUGAAGUUUGAAGGUAAACAAGAAGAAACAUGAAUCUGUGCAGCAGCAGCAGCUUUCCUCUGCAGGAACCUCCACAGGAUCGUCUGUCUGUUCCACUGUAGAUCCAGCAGCUUCAGCUCUGACCAGAACCAGCCGUUACUGGACCUCAAGCCGGCUCUGUGGAGGCUGGUUCUGUUAGAACAUCUGGAGAACUUUUAUGUUCAUGGUGCUGUUAGAGAGAAGAAGCUGCUGGACAUCAGAGGACAGAAAACAUGUUCAGCCAAUCAGCGUCGGUCCUCUCUGACUUCAACCAAACUUCCACAGCAGCGCUUUAUUGGGAGCAACAACGACAAAUCAGUUUAUCCAUCAGCUAUUAAAUCCAUUUUCACUUUGAGUAAUUUAAAAAUAAAAACUGUGUAAAUUGUGUGAUUGCAGCUUCGUUUUCUUUCCUCCUCUAUAAUCGGAAUAUUUAAAUUAUUUGAGGAAACGGUGAUCCACAGUUUUCAGCUGAUCAGACCAGAUCAGGUUUAAUCUUUACUGAUUUUCAACGAAAUUUUGCCAAUUUUAGGUUAUUUCAUUAAGUGCCACUGAGGGUUUUAACGUCCUGUUUGCUCCAUUUCAGUGGAACAGUGUUAAGACUGGACAGUUUGGGGGAAAAUACACCACUGUUCAAAAGUUUUCGGGGUCAGAAAAGUCUAUAAUUUUGAAAUAAAAGCUGUUUUCUUCAGUGACGAUAACAUUAAAUGAACGAUAAACCCAAUGUAGACAUUGUUAAAGUGCUAAAUGACUAUUCUGGCUGGAAACAGCUGAUUUUUAAUGGAAUAUCUCCAUAGGGGUACAGAGGAACAUUUCCAGCAACCAUCACUCCUGUGUUCUAAUGCUACAUUGUGUUAGCUAAUGGUGUUGAUGGUUAGAAAACCCUUGUGCAGUUAUGUUAGCACAUGGAUAAAAGUGUGAAAACAUGGAAUUGUCUGGAUGACCCCAAACUUUUAAACGGUAGCGUACCUUUGUUGCUGUUUCUCAGUCGUGGAAUUAAACGUUCUCCCCUGGCAGACGUUCUAUAGGCCGGUUCCUGCAAUCAGAACACUACAAAGGAAUAGCUUGUUGGAAGCAUUGAACACUAGCAGAGGCUCAGCCGUGAAGGUUCCUGCAGUGGAAAACAGUCUGAUGUUCUGUCGAGUUGGUGGACGACACUCGGAGCUCUCCCGGUUCUGUUCUCGGUUAUUCUGCAGUAGAUUAAAGGUACAUUUCAGAGGUUCUGUCAGAACUGAGCAGCAGCAGCAGCAGCGACUUCAGAAACACAAAGUGCUUCACUUCUGUUUUAUACUUUAUUUAAUUUUGUAGUAAAAUCAUUAUUCUGCCAGAACAAAGAACUGACUGUGUGUGUUACUGUGUGUGUGUGUGUGGUGACUGGAUGGUUAUUGAUUGGAUGAUUAUUGAUUGGAAGAUGAGUCAUGUUUCUGGUUUCCUGCUCCUUUCUUAUCGCUCCUGUAAACUUUCUGCUUCAGUGUACAUGAAUGCGUCUGCAUUACUGUGUAUUGUAACAUAAUUGAUGCACUAUAAUUGUUUUCAGGCAUCUUAUAUCCUGACUGCAAUGUUUAGUAUAAUAUUCAGCAAUAAAGCUUUGAUUCCAGA